UGCGCGGCGGCGAGUCCGUCUGAGGCGGCGGCAAUGGCGGGCCGCGGGUGGCCGCUGCUGCUGCCGCCGGUGAAGGCGCUGUCGGUGUCGCUGGGCGAGGCGUCCGGCGCUGCUCAGGGCUACCGCGGCGGGCAGGAGGUCUCCGGGCAGGUGUCGCUGGAACUGGCGGCGCCGCUGAGGCUGCGCGCCCUCCGCCUCCAAGCCUGCGGGGGCGCCCGGGCGGCUUGGACCGAAGCGCCGCCGAUGCAGCCGCCGCCUCGUUCUACUCGUCCGGCGGCGAGCGGGACACGUGUGGAAGCGGAGGUGCCUUACCUGGACGCCCGGCGGGAGCUGCUGCUGCCAGAUGCUGAGGGCUUCAGCCUUUUAGAAGCUGGGAAACACGAAUUCCCUUUCAGUUUUCAACUUCCUCUCCACCACUUGGCGACCUCUUUCACAGGGAAAUUCGGCAGUAUUCGGUACUUUGUCAUUGUAACCCUGGAAAGCGCCAGUGGCCCCCAUCAGACGGUGUCGAGAGAGUUUCAAGUGAUCAGCCACAUCGACCUCAAUUCUCCCGUUCUCUUGAGUCCUGUAAGACAAACUCAAGAUAAAAUGGUUGGGUGCUGGUUUUUCACUUCAGGUCCAGUUUCUUUGAGUGCCAAAAUCGAUAGGAAAGGGUUUUGUAAUGGUGAAGUUAUACCAAUUUAUGCAGAAAUCGAAAAUUGUUCCUCGCGGCUAAUUGUGCCCAAAGCUGCCAUUUUCCAAAUACAGACUUACGUAGUUAGAGGGAAAACAAAGACUUUCCGUCAAAUGCUCGCGAAUGUGCGAGGAAACCACAUUGCCUCAGGAAGUACAGAUACCUGGAAUGGCAAAACUCUGAAAAUCCCACCUGUCACGCCUUCUAUCCUUGACUGCUGCAUUAUAAGAGUGGAAUAUUCCUUGGCUGUAUACGUUCAUAUUCCCGGUGCCAAAAAGCUGAUGGUUGAACUGCCUCUGGUCAUUGGCACAAUUCCAUGUACAGUUUUUUCCAGCAGGAACUCAGAUUUUGUCAACCAGCUGGCCAUGGAUAUGAGGUGGCUGGCUCAGACUCUGCCAGAUCAUCCGGAAGCACCACCCAAUUAUGCUGAUAUAGUAUCGGAGGAAGAAUAUGGAAGACAUGUUACCGUUUAUCCCACUUCGGUGGAUUGUGAGGAACAGCUGCCUUGUCCUAUGCUCGCCUACAUCCAAGAAUUCCGAUUUCAGCCGCCGCCUCUCUAUUCAGAGGUUGACCCCUAUCCUCCUGAAGUAGAAGACAAUCUGCCAGUUGCACUCAUGGAUUAAGGGUGAUUCCAAAAAGCCUUGAUUUGGGUUUUUUUCUCCUAUUGCCUCUGCUUGAAGCAAAUCUUUUUUUGUUUUCUUCCAUUAAAACAAUUUAAAGUUGGAGCAGGCACCAGAAGACCUAAGUCAAAACGAAUCUUGAACAAGAAGAGAAGCGUGGAAGAAUGGGUUGUUGAAGUCAUUGGCCCACACAACGAAGCCUGGACAUUUUUUGGCCAGAUACUUAUUAUUUAUUAAAUUUUUAUCCCACCCAUCACCCCUAAACGUUGACUCUGGGCCAUAUCUGAGAAGAACCUGAGUUGAGGUUGUAGUGCCUCUUCUCAGUAGUGUUCAGAAUAUUUCAGAGAGCAGUAAAAUAACCAGCUACAGAAGGUCUACCUUUGGGAAUACAAAUAUCUGCAUCUGUAUCCAGAUGCAAGGAUUUCUGCCUGGAACGUUCAACUCCCUAUCAAGAUUAUGUGAGAUUUUGACUCCGCAGAUUAUUUUUCCUGUUAUACACACGAACGUACCAUUCCUAAGAUUAAUAAUCACAGAGCAACACUGUGACAUUUUUUUUACCAAGGGAGCGAUAUUAAAAAAUACUCUAUGCAAUGUUGCAUAGGCAGAAGCUUAGUAUCACUGCCAGCUUUGGAAAUUGCAAUUUUAGAGCUGAGGCUGGAUUUCAAGAGUCGCUUUGCUCCGCACUUCUGAUUGUUGAGAUUUUUUUGUGGGGGGAGGGGUGCUUCAGCAAUGUGGCAUGAUUUGGCAAGGGGCCAGGACAGCCCAACCUUUCAAUCAGGAUGUCUUCGGCAACUUGAGAUCCUGUGUCACAACUUGAACCUCUAAGUAAAAACGAUCCUUGGCUCCAAUCUUUGGGAUAGGUAUAGCUUUAUUGCAAGUUAAGUGUAUAGCAGUCAUGCAUUGCCAGAAUUGAGCAUUGUGCACCAAAAACCCUAAGUUCACAUUUUCUCUUAAGUGUCUCCCAUCGCUGAUUUCCCCCCCCCCCCUCUCCCCGCAUGACUAGUCAGGUUCAGGCAAGAUAUUUUCAGAACCUGUUCGUCUCCCAGCAGGUGACCUUGAAGCAGCCUCUCGGGGAGACACAGAAGUUAUUUUCGCUUUCCCCCAAGCGUCCAACCCUUCCCAGAGUUCAUAGUGGACUUUCGCCACAUGGCAGUGAAGCACACAAGCAUAAGAUGGCAGGUGACAUGCUGCUGCUUUGGCACUUUAUAUCAGCUAAGCUGAACAUAACAAAGAUGCUUUUGCGCUCUUUAAAAACUUGCAUAGUGAAUGAUGAAACUCUAUAGGAAUAUAUCCAUGGAAUGAUAAAAGAUCCUGUAAAAAUAAAAAUCCCUCUACUCCUUCCUAGGAUAGGAGUUGAGACCAAAAAUAUUUUCCACUGAGGCCAGCUUGCCUUUCUUAGGAUUAACAGAAUCCAAAUAGAGACCAUGGUUAACAAUCCAGAUAACCUUCUGUGAAGUUUUAUGAGAAAUGAAUUAUAGGUACUGUGAUACGUGGAUUUAAAAUUUAGGAUUAAAUUAUUAGGGUGCAAUUAUUCUUUAAAUUUGUUUCUCAGGUCAGGGUGCUUUGUUCUGAGGGUAAAGUCUUAUCUUCCUUCUUAAUUCCUGGAAAAUUCUGUACUGUAACCUUUUAGCCUUUGCACUACAAUUUCCGUCCAGGAAUAUCACCCGCGUUUCCAUCCAUAAAACGAUGGUCCUCGACUUAACCACCACAAAAUUUCUGUUGGCAAGCAAGAAAGUUGUAAGUCGAGGACUGCCUGCACUAAAACCAAUACUUCUGCAGGGUGAGAAAUGUCCUAUUUUCUUGAUUGGUAGGCCACACUGGCCAUCUGCACUAUGGCACUUCUACCUUGUCUUUGAGCCAUGAUGGCGCGGUGGUUAGAAUGCAGUACUGCAGUUGCCUGCAGUUCGGCAGUUCGAUUCUCACCAAACUCAAGGUUGACUCACACUUACAUCCUUCCGAGGUCAGUAAAAUGAAAUUUGAUGGGGGCAAGAUGCUUGCUCUGUUAAACUGCUUAGAGAGGGCUGUGAAGCACUGUGAAGUGUAUAUAAGUUUUAAGUGCUAUUGCAAUUGCUAUUGUUAUUGUCUUUCAGAAGUUUUGGGUUUGGACCAAUGGUGGGUUCUGGGUGGUGUGCCCCGGUACACACGUACCAGUGCCUGUCGGAAACAGCAGCCACAGUACCAGAACAGUGCUUUGGAGGACCCACCCACCCUCAUUCCUUACCCGUAUUUGAAGGAAACGGGCCAUUUGUGCACGCACGCACAGCAUACGGCGCCUGCACAACGCUCCACCGAGCAGCUGGAGCUCCACAGGUGGUGGGUGCGCAUGUGCGCAUAACGUGCCUGCCAAUGGAGGCGCCCGGCCCUGUUGCAGCGUACCAGUUGCAAUGGAACCCAAGAGUAUCUAUACCCCAAAGCUCUAUUGCUGCACAUAUGCCCUACAUUUUUGGAUGUGCCUCUAUGCCACAUGCCCAGAUGAAAGACAGGGUGACAAGUUGAAAUGAGGAGGCACAUUGUGGACACAGGGCUCGGAUGAUGGCACAGCAUGUUUUGCAAAUGUUGACUCCCGUGGUUGCAAGCUGGAUCCUAAAUAGAAGCGCCUUAUACUGGCCUGUGUGUAAUGACUGAGCAAAGUGUGUUUGUUUUUAACUUUUUACCAGCCUUUCAUGACAUUUGAAGGACCGAAAGGAGAGAGGUACUCUCAAGCUGUGUUUCUCAAGUUUAAACUGGCUUUCUGGCUGGGGAAUUCUGGGAGUUGAAUUCCACCUAUUUUCCACUCUCCAAGCUUGAGUUUAGGCAGAGUCACCAACCACAAGCUUGUUUUCUGGUAAAAAAAAAAUGAAGCCAGGUGUUCUGUUUAAAAAGCAGCCUUCUGAGAAAAGAGAACCAAGUUGGUUAGAAACCAUCUUCUCUUCCUCUGUCCUCAUUAAAUAAACUUUUGCCAGCCCUAAGCCCAUCCUCCAGGCUUACUUUUGAACUGUGGUGAACGAAACAGAUUUCGUUUCCUCCCCAAGAGGGGGAAAUGCUGUGAAGGGAUAUGACAGCCUCUGCAGGAGGUCAAGGAACAUUCAGUCUUCUAUUCUGAAGAAAUUAAGUUGCACAACUUGGUUGCAACAACAACAUUGGAAACUGACUCGCUGGCCUUUUUAGCAGUCCUCUAAAAAGGGCAAAAAAAUACAUUUCAAAUCCAGUCUCUUGCCCUUCAAACCAUUAGUUCUGUUUAUUUCUGUAAAAGAUAGUCCAAGAGAGGAAAACUGAAGCAAAAGGUAGGGGUGUCCAAAUUUGGGAACUUUAAGACUUGUGAACUUCAACUCCCAGAAUACCCCAGCCAGCUUUAAGACCUUCUUAAAAAGAAAUGAAAUGCCUUUUGUUUUGCUUUUCAAGUCAAAAUGUAGACAAAACCAAAUUUCCUUGCUAAACACUUCUUUUUCUUGAUUUCUUGAAGAGCAAUAAUACAAUGGUACAAAAUGCACAUCUUUAAAAGGUUGAAGCCAUGAUAAUUAUUUGGUGCUUUCAGGGGGGCGAUUAAAAUACUAGUAAGAGCUGGCUAUUGAUAUUUACAAAGAUCAUAUAUCAAAAGAAGAAGAUCAGCACAAAUCAAGGGGAUGAUCUUGAGUUCACGUAUAUCAUGCAAAUCAAGUGUGGCCUUAAUAUAUUGUUAAAACAAGAAGGGGGAAAAAUAUUCCCAAGCAUGCUGUCCCUCGGUAUAAAAUUGAAUGAGCAUAAGUUUUGCAUUCUCUUCUCAGGACAGAUUUUGCUUCUUAAUCAUAUAGGCAUUGCACAAUGAUUUCUCAAUAAUGAAAGGGUAUGUUUUGUUAUGUUUUCAAUUCCUGUGCGAAGCAAGCAAAAUAAUUACAAUUAUUGUACUUUGUAUUAAAAUGUGAGCCCUAUGGGUUUCUUAAUAAAGAAGAAAGGUUGCUUUUU